AUGAAGUCCUUCACUGCCAUCUCUCUCCUCGCCCUCUUCUCCUCGGCUUUGGCCGCACCUGUUGAGCAGUCAACCGACGCUUCCACCGCCGCUACUAUUUCCGUGUCCUACGACCAAAAGUACGAUGUCAGCGGCAGCUCUCUGACUACUGUUUCCUGCUCGGACGGUGUCUACGGCCUCAUUUCCCAGGGCUACAGCACCUUCGGAUCCCUCCCGGGCUUCCCUAAUAUCGGAGGUGCUCCUACCGUCGCCGGCUGGAACAGCCCCAAUUGCGGAAAGUGCUACCAGCUCCACUAUGCGGCCGGCAACGUUGACAAGUCCAUUUACGUGACUGCCAUUGAUGCGGCACCCGGUGGCUUCAACAUCGGCCUGCAGGCCAUGAACACCCUGACGAAUGGAUUGGCCGAGCAGUUGGGCAGAGUCAAUGUGGACUACACUGAAGUUCCCCGCUCGAACUGCGGCUUCCCUUAA